UGUAGCUCGCGAAAUAUACGUGACGUGUCUCCCAUCGGGUGUCAAAAGUUUGAGAGAUUUCGUGAGGUUGAUGUUGGACCGAUUAAACGACGUCUCGGAUAAAAUUAAGUGAAAAUGUUAACGAAAUUCGAAACAAAGUCCGCGCGAGUGAAGGGGUUGUCCUUUCAUCCGAAACGUCCUUGGGUGCUUGCGAGUUUACACAAUGGCGUCAUUCAAUUAUGGGACUACCGUAUGUGCACCCUGCUCGACAAAUUUGACGAGCACGAUGGACCCGUACGAGGAAUAUGUUUCCACAAUCAGCAACCGCUGUUCGUUUCUGGCGGCGAUGAUUACAAGAUUAAGGUUUGGAAUUAUAAGCAACGUAGAUGUAUCUUCACCCUGCUAGGUCAUCUGGACUACAUCAGAACUACUGUGUUCCAUCAAGAGUAUCCCUGGAUUCUCAGCGCUUCGGACGAUCAGACUAUCCGAAUCUGGAACUGGCAAAGUCGCACUUGCAUUUGUGUAUUAACUGGACAUAAUCAUUACGUAAUGUGCGCGCAAUUUCAUCCUACGGAAGACAUUAUUGUGUCAGCUUCGUUGGAUCAAACGGUCCGGGUUUGGGAUAUCUCUGGAUUACGCAAAAAGAAUGUAGCGCCAGGUCCAGGAGGUCUUGAGGAUCACCUGAAAAAUCCCGGAGCAACCGAUUUAUUCGGCCAGGCCGAUGCAGUGGUGAAGUACGUUCUAGAAGGCCACGAUAGAGGCGUAAAUUGGGCGUGCUUCCAUGGUACGUUACCCUUGAUCGUCUCCGGAGCUGAUGAUCGGCAAAUUAAGAUGUGGCGGAUGAACGACGCUAAGGCUUGGGAAGUGGACACGUGUCGCGGCCAUUAUAAUAACGUAUCCUGCGUGUUGUUCCACCCUAGACAAGAUCUCAUUCUCUCGAAUUCGGAAGAUAAAAGCAUCAGAGUGUGGGAUAUGACAAAACGCACGUGUCUGCACACAUUCAGACGGGAACAUGAGAGAUUCUGGGUUCUCGCUGCUCAUCCGACUCUGAAUCUUUUCGCCGCGGGCCACGAUUCCGGAAUGAUCAUCUUCAAACUCGAGAGGGAACGUCCCGCGUAUGCGGUUUAUGGAAAUCUUCUGUAUUACGUGAAAGACCGUUUUCUUCGGAAGCUUGAUUUCACUACGUCCAAGGAUACAUCGGUGAUGCAAAUUCGCGGCGGAGGAAAAACGCCGCCUUACAGUAUGUCGUACAAUCAGGCGGAAAAUAGCGUUCUAGUGUGCACGAGAUCACCCUCGAAUAUCGAGAAUAGCACUUAUGAUUUGUACAUGAUACCGCGUGAAGGGGAUUCGAGUACAGAUGCUGAUACCAAACGAGCAUCCGGUGUUACCGCUAUCUGGGUUGCCAGAAAUCGAUUCGCUGUAUUGGAUAGAGCGUAUUCGUUGGUUAUCAAGAAUCUGAAGAACGAGGUCACAAAGAAGGUGCAAAUUCCAAACUGCGAUGAAAUAUUUUAUGCUGGCACUGGCAUGCUACUUCUGCGCGAUCCAGAACAGGUAACGCUGUUCGACGUACAGCAGAAGAGAACUUUGGCGGAAGUGAAAAUCGCAAAAUGUAGAUACGUCGUGUGGUCCAGCGACAUGUCUCACGUCGCCUUGCUGGCCAAACACACUGUCAACAUUUGCAAUCGUCGAUUAGAAUCUCUCUGUUCCGUGCACGAAAACACGAGAGUAAAGUCUGGCGCCUGGGAUGAUUCCGGUGUAUUCAUUUACACGACUAGCAACCAUAUUAAAUAUGCGAUCAGCAACGGCGAUCAUGGUAUCAUCCGCACGCUAGACUUGCCAAUCUAUGUCACGAGAGUGAAGGGGAAUCAAGUUUACUGUUUGGAUCGAGAAUGCAGACCGAGAAUCCUUCGAAUAGAUCCGACGGAAUAUAAAUUCAAACUAGCACUAAUUAACAGAAAAUACGAAGAAGUUUUACACAUGGUUCGCACUGCGAAUCUCGUUGGACAGUCGAUUAUAGCAUAUCUGCAACAGAAAGGAUAUCCAGAAGUAGCGCUUCACUUUGUAAAAGAUGAGAAAACGAGAUUUGGUCUCGCACUUGAAUGUGGUAACAUCGAAGUUGCGUUGGAAGCGGCGAGAUCUCUCGAUCAAAAAUCGUGCUGGGAAAGCUUGGCGCAAACUGCCUUGCUACAAGGCAAUCAUCAAGUCGUGGAAAUGUGCUAUCAAAGGACCAAGAACUUUGAAAAGUUGGCCUUCCUUUAUCUCAUAACCGGCAACCUAGAGAAACUCCGUAAGAUGAUAAAAAUUGCGGAAAUUCGAAAAGAUGUAUCCGGACAAUAUCAAGGAAGUUUGCUGCUUGGCGACAUUUACGAGCGGGCCAAAAUUUUGCGAAACUCUGGACAAGCAUCAUUAGCGUAUGUCACCGAAAAAAUUCAUGGUAUAUCAAACGAGGAGGACGACGCUCACUAUGAGUCGAUGAGCGAAGAACUUUCUGCACUGGAGAAGGGUGCUAUAUACCUUCGCCCACCUGUACCUAUUCAACAAGCUGAAAACAAUUGGCCGCUGUUGACAGUUUCUAAAGGUUUCUUCGAGGGCGCGAUGAUGUCUCGCAGCAGGACUCAGGUAGCCGCUGCUCUCGCUUUGGAGGACGACGGUGCAGCGACACCCGAAGGCUGGGGCAACGACGAGGAACUCGGUAUAGACGAUGAAGAACUCGUGGACGCGGAAAUCGCACCGGAAGGCGAGGAGAAUCCUGGAUGGGAUGUUGAAGACGUCGAUCUUCCACCAGAACUCGAGGCAGCAACAACUGCCAACGAAGACGGUUAUUAUUCGCCACCCACUAAGGGAAUUCCACCGACUCAGAAUUGGAUAAAUAACUCCAAGUUACCGAUCGAUCACAUAUUGGCCGGGUCAUUUGAGUCCGCUUUCAGAUUACUGAACAACCAAGUUGGGGUAGUGGAAUUCGGACCUUAUCAGCCUUUGUUUUUGAAUACGUACGCCCGCUCUAGAACAUCCUACGCUUGUCUGCCUAGUGUACCGUCGUUGUACGGAUAUCCACAAAGAAACUGGAAGGAUACCAGUUGGAAGGAUGCUACAUCAAAAACUGGUGUACCUGCAGUAGGAUUACAUCUUGCCGAAUUAGUUCAGCGUCUUCAGAUGUGCUAUCAAUUGACGACCAAUGGCAAAUUUGCUAAAGCGAUAGAGAAGCUACAAGGAAUCUUACUAAGCGUACCGUUGCUCGUCGUUGAUACUAAACAGGACAGCGCGGAAGCUCAACAAUUGAUUCAGAUUUGUCGCGAAUAUAUCUUAGGUUUGAAAAUGGAAACUGAACGUAAAAGUCUACCAAGAGCCACAUUAGCUGAUCAUAAGAGAAUUUGCGAGAUGGCGGCGUAUUUUACACACUGUAAUCUGCAACCUGUUCAUCAGAUUCUCACGCUUCAAGUAGCUGUGAAUCUAUUCUAUAAAUUGAAGAAUUACAAAACCGCUGCUUCGUUCGCGAGAAGAUUACUCGAGCUCGGACCAAAUCCUGAGCUUGCGCAAAAAAUUCGAAUUUUAUUACAGUCUUGUGACAAGAAUCCUGUCGAUGAGCAUAAAUUAGCAUACGAUGAACACAAUCCAUUUUCGUUGUGUGCAAGCACAUUCACACCUAUUUACAAAGGAAAACCGGAAGUAAAAUGUCCAUUGUGCGGUGCUAGCUAUAACCCACAAUUUAAAGAUACAGUAUGCAAGAUAUGUGAAGUUGCUUUGAUAGGCAAAGAACAUUAACAUUCUAUUUAUAUUGUUAUCAUGCUAUUAGUCUUACUCGCUAUCUGGAGUGAAUUUUGAAGGAAUAGAAGCGAUACAACUUUAAGAAUAUUAUAUGUGGAUACUUAUUCUUGUUGUAAUUUUCUAAUUGGUUAGUGCAGAAAUUAAUCUCUAAUAAAGCCUUCUCAAAAAAAAUU